UAAAACUCAGUGCAGUGAUCGUGAUCUUUGUGUACGUGUGUCCUUGGGGCAGAAGACAGCACUCCGAGACGCGUAUACUGACCGACAUCUGACAGAACUACAGUACACAGUGACGAUGGCCAGGUAUUUGAUUACAUUAGCUACGAUCUUCCUAAUUGCCUCAAACGUCUUAAAUCUGAGUAUCCAAAAGACAUGUGCCCUUGUAGGCGGUACUGAAGGCUUUGAAAGACUCGUGGAUAACCCCGAUCUAAAUAAUUUGCAUCAGGGAAACAUUUCCUUUAUAAAAACUCAAGUUAAGAGAGAAGUUCUAACCAAAAGGACUAUAACAACAUCAAAGAAAGCCUCAGACAUCACCCAACUACAAGAUUCAGUCAUCCACCCCGUCGUCCUGUGUACCCUUACGAGGACAGUGAGGAGAGUCUGCCCUUGGGAUCUGAAUCAAACUGAGGACUCCCUUGACUCCCUGGGCAGGCUGUUGAAGACUGUGGUGGUGCAAGAGAUGACCCACUGUGACCUGGUGCUGGCCUACGAUCACCACUAUCACCCUCUACUACACUACAUACUGACUCUCGGAAACGUCAAACAGGUGUGGCGAGUGAGGGGGCCAGGUGACCUACUACAGGUGUCGUGGUCGUCGAACAGGUGUCGAGGUUAUUUGUUGAUAAUCAGUCACUCCGAACACCUGGCAAACUUCACCAACACUUACCGCGACGCCUGGGACUACCACGGGAGGUACAUUGUCGUGGCUAAUUCCGUGCACCACCUGGAGACGCUCUUGUCCUCCGAGAAAGGUAGAAGGACGGAACACCUGGUGGGCCUUCUGCAGACAGGUGAGGGAGGUGAGUGGAGGGUGUACAAAGGUGUAGAGGUGAGGGUCAUUACUACCUGGAGGGGUCAUACCUUCACCUCUCACCUGCCACUCUUCCCCCGCCACUUGGAUGACCUACAAGGCGUCCAGAUUAAAGUCGCUACUUUCAAAUGGGAGCCGAACGUAUUCUACAACAGGAACAGCACAGGUGACCUCCAAUACAGGUACGGUGUGGAUAUUGACCUCAUUAACAUCCUGGCUACCUUCUACAACGUCUCGGUCCAGUACAUAGAACCAGCGGAGGGAGAGUUGUGGGGUGAUAGGCGAGCUGACGGUUCCUGGAGUGGUAUGAUGGGCCUCUUGGAUCGUGGCGAGGCUGACGUGGGCGUGGCCAGCAUCUAUGUCUCCUCUCAUCGAACCUCCGUCGUUGAUUUCACCACACCUUACGACUCCAGGAUGAGUUGCUUCAUGGCGUGGAGGGAGCAGCCUCUUCCCCAGUGGCACGCCUUGACCUACCCCUUCACCGCCCUAACCUGGAUCUCUAUACUGGUGGGAUUCCUCGUCGCUGGUCCUGUGCUCUACCUUCUAGCUCGAGCCUCUGAUAUCUGGGGUGGAGGGGAGUCGUCAGAUCUACAGGAAUUUGGUUACUCGUGGUUGUACAGCUUCGGGGUGCACAUGAAAGUAGCUCAGGAUCAGUUACCCAUCGCCCGCUCCACCCAAGUCCUGGUGACCUUCCUGUGGAUAUACACUAUCAUCCUCACUCUCGGCUACUCCACCAACCUUACCGCUUAUCUGAUCGUGGCCAAGGCCCCGACUUCUAUCAACACCAUCAGCGAGCUGCGACAGUCAGGGGUAGAGGUGGCUGGUCUAGGGGAGUUCUACAAGUAUGCUCUCGCCUCUGCUAUUGACCAAGAUCUACAGAGCUUGACGAAGACAUACCGGGCGCACCAGAGUGUUGAGACCAUUUUCCCAAGGGUGCUGGAGGGGCGCUCAGUCUUCCUCCAGAACCGAGCCUUUAUAGAGUUUGUGAGGCUGUCGCGCUUCACCAGGAGGGGCGAGUCUACCAUCAGGAUAAUGAAGGAGUGUUUUGCGCCCUACAGCAUCGCCAUGGCCGUCCAACGUCACUCACCGUUCAAGAGGAAGUUCGACAAGGUAAUCGGCUGGCUGCAACAGGCUGGACUGAUGAGACAACUCUUCCUUAACUCCCUCAGGCUAGCGGCUUCUACAGAGGAGUACGGCAAGGCAGCAGGGGAAGAGGGCGUCACAGGAGGAGUAGCCCAGGGCCCCGGUAGUGAGGGAGGGGAGAACGACCUCACCCCCCUGACCGUGAUACACCUACAGGGAGUCUUCUUCGUUGUCGUCUUCGGUUGGUGCGUCUCCGGUCUUGUCUUCCUGGUAGAGAUGAAGAUGUCUUAGAUAUGAUGACCGGAUACUCCCGGAUACUCUCUCUCUUUCCACCCAUGCAUUGCUUGACCUAACCCACUUCCUUCACGUACAUUGUAACCAAAUAAACACACACACACACACACACACACACACAUCUAUUUUUAAAAUAAUAAACAACUCCUGAUUUAUGUACUGUACAGCCCUGUAGAUACUAAAUUUUAUAUAACCAUGUCGUAUUAUAAAUAAAUCAUACAAGAAAAUUAAGCAAAUCAUAAAAUAAACAGGAUAA